GGAGUGCCUUUUCUUUUGCCUCGAUGGAUUCGAAUACACCGUUAUUAUCUAUAGAAGACAUUUGCUUUGGUAAUGAGCAAAGUGCAGUGAAUGACGACUAUCUUAUAAGUUACCCAGACGACGACAGUGAUUGCGCGUCAGUCAACAAGGAAUCUUCCAGGAUGAGUUUGAACGAAAAUUCUAAACUGAAUCGCUACGUACAACCCCUAUCCGUCUCAGGCGAAGUUUUAAAAGGAGAGAUAACAGACGAUGGGACCGUUGAGGAACUAAUGAAGAAUGAAGCGAAAAAGUUUGAAGAUUAUAAGUUUUGCGAGGCAGUUAACGACUUCGACAUUGAGUUGGAAUCGGGUGAGGCGGUUCCUAUAGUUUAUCUUCCGACAUCUCGUGCCGCAAAACUGCAAAGAGCCCUCCGACUGUCUGGGCUUAAAAAGUUGGGGGAAGGGGUGGAGCUGACGCUGGGUGAACUUCGGGCGAUGGCGCUCCGACAGCAGCAGCAGAUCGAUACCCAGCACCAGUUGCUGUGCGCCAAAGAGCAGCGGCUGCGUUACUUGAAACAGCAGGAGGCGCGGCAACAUCAGGUGGCGAUAGAAGGCGAGCGUCUGCGAAGGUUGCGCGAACGCGUCGAGGCGCAAGAGCAGAAAUUACGGAGGUUAAGGGCGCUGAGAGGCCAACUUGACCGGAACAAGCAGGCGAAUAUUGCUCUUACCAGUGACCUCGAGUCAAUACGGGCACUAUUUAAUGAAAAAGAAAAGGAGCUCUCAGUCGCUGUUGCGAAGGUAGAAGAACUAACGAGACAAUUGGAAGAAUUAAGACGAGGGAGAGUUCAGCCAGCGCCGCCCUCAGCGCAUGAGCUCGACAAGUUGAGGCGAGAGUUGAUGUACCGGAAUAAAUUAAAUGAGCAGCAAAAUGGUAGACUGUCUGCGCAACGGGCAGCUCUGGGCGCGCGACAAGAAGAAAUGCGCAGCAUAGAUCGAAGGGUUUCUGAACUACAGGCCAGGCUACUACGGAAACGAGCGCUCAAUAGACAGCUUGCAGCCGCACAUCGACAGCCGCAACAGAGAACGAACAACCCCACGCCAAUGCAACAGCUUCCUAACUAUCCAGUCGGCAACAACGCGGUGAACCAACCAAAGAAUCAACAGGCGCGCGGCAACGUAGCCGCUGUGGAGCCAUACAAUCACGUGCCACAUGCACAAAGCCUUCAUAACAAUAAUUUCCAAGCCAUGAAACAAAAUGUUAUACAAAACAACGUGCCAUUAAAACAGCUAACUCAAAGUGAUAACAUUCAAAGUCAUUUAACGCAACAAGAAGCUCAUUUCUUGCAGCAGAAACAAAUGAUGAAUCCUUUAUACAACGGCAACUAUCCGCAUAUGCCGAACGUUCAAGAUAAUCAGUAUCAAGGACAAUACACGAAUAAACAUGAUGCAAAUGCUUUCAGCCAUGUUCAGCAAGGCAUCACAAAUGCAUUUGAUCAAAAAACGAUGUUUGAUCAUGUAAACAAAUAUCCCGAAUAUCCUAAGCAAUCACAAUACAGUCCGAAUAGUACUAGCAGUUCAAAUAGCAACCAAACAAAUAAAGAGCCAAAAAUAAAUGAACAAGAAUUUCCCCCAGAAUUCGCAGCAAGCAAAUCGGACCCUAAGUAUCAAACAUUACCAUAUAAUACUAAAUUUCCACAAAAUGCAAACGGAAAAUUAAAACAACCUGAUUUGAAUGGAAAAUUAAACGAGCAAGACUUGAAAAAUCAAAAUGCUUCAAAUAUAAAUCACAUGACGGUACACUCAACGCCGCUUUCUGUUGUAAAUAAAAGUCUGGCAACUCCCCUAAGUCAAAACGAAGCAACAUAUCAACAAGAUCAUGCAUAUCAACUACAAAAAUCAGACUCUUCUAAUAGAUGUAAUCAAGAAGGCAAAGAAAACCACGCAUAUCAACAAAAUCCUAGGUUAAGUCAAAAUAAUGAUGGUUCUAAAAUAAACGGGGUAAAGAGUCAACAGGGUAAUACCACAAAAGGCAGUUCUCCGAGCCUGUUAUCGAAUACAACCUCUGCCAGCAGUUCAAUAGGGUUUGGGAUUGUUAGAAACACCGCGUCAGGAUUAUCAACUAGCACCCCGAGCUCGAACUUCAGUGGCCAGAAUACAUCAUCACAAAGUAUAUUGCUAUCUCCACCUCAGAGUGCCAGUACUCCGUUAGCCACACCCGAUGUUAGUGGAAGUGACAAAUCGCCUAAACCAGCUCUACCACCAAAACCUACAAUUAAGACUCCACCGAGACAAUCAGUUAAUCACGAUGCAGGCUGCAAUCAGUCUUCUGAGACAAUUAAUAUGCCUACAAUAUCUAUUCCUGAUUCAUCUAAUGAAAGCGAACAACAACAAAAUUAUAAAGAAAAUAAUAAUGGUAGUAACAACGAAAUGAUAAUCAAAGCACGUCCUUUAACGAUUAGAAAGCCGCCACUUAGUGAACAACCGAAACUUCGAAAUGUCAACAAUUCUAAAAAUGGUAUCAGUAUAAAUAUGAAUCGAAGAAUAGAAAUGCCACCAGCGUUUUUAUUCCCUGAAAUGGAUCAUAUAAACCUUGAUACUGCAAACGAAAUGCAGAACGGUCAGAAAGAUAAAACGAAGAUGAAAGAUGAAGUAGACAGAUCGUUAAAUAAUAACAUAUCUUUAGCUUCUAAUGAGAAACAGGACGAUAGUAAAGAUGUUGUUGUUUCGGAUAUUACCGACCAAAUAAGUUCAGUAGAUUUGAACGGUCAGGAUUCUCAGAGAUCUGAGAAUGUUCUGAGACGGUCAAAAAAAGGUAAUUUAAAACAGGGAGGAAAGGCUCCACUGACAAGAAGAGUAAGCUUUGAUCCUCUAGCAUUGUUGUUAGACGCAAGCCUAGAGGGUGAAUUGGAACUUGUGAAGAAGACGGCAACUCAGGUGCAAAAUGCAAGCGCUGCCAACGAUGAAGGAAUAACUGCACUUCACAAUGCCAUUUGUGCUGGUCAUUUCGAAAUAGUCAAGUUCCUAGUAGAGUUAGGUUGCGACGUCAAUGCACAGGAUUCAGACGGAUGGACUCCUCUACACUGUGCUGCUUCUUGUAACAACUUACCGAUGGUCAGAUUUCUUGUCGAUAAUGGCGCUUGCAUAUUUGCAACAACCCUGUCAGAUCAUGAAACGGCAGCUGAGAAAUGUGAAGAAGAUGAAGAAGGCUUCGAUGGUUGUUCGGAAUAUCUUUACAGUGUCCAAGAGAAGCUCGGCAUCAUGAACGGCGGGCAGGUGUUCGCGGUGUUCUCGUACGGCGCGGCGCGCGGCGACGAGCUGUCGUUCGAGUGCGGCGCGCGCCUCGCCGUGCUGCGCAAGGGCGACGACAGCGAGCGCGAGUGGUGGUGGUGCCGGGACGAGCGCGGCGCCGAGGGCUACGUGCCCAGGAACCUGCUUGGGUUAUAUCCAAGAGUAACCCCCCAGCAGGAAUAAGGAAGUAGUUUUACGGCUUAAAUUAUGAACUUAUCAAUUGUAAAUACAUUGGGUAACUUUUAUUUUUUAUGUAUUUAUAGCACUGUAAUCUAAUAAUGAAUAUUGUAUACAAUUUUAACAGAUUAAAUAUUUUGUAAAUAUUUAAAUAAGCAAUUAAAGUUCAAACGAAUGAGAUUAUAUUGUACAUUUUAUAAAUACGCGAGUCAUCAUUUUAAUUGGUAAUGAAAUUUGUAUUAUUCUUAGGGUUUCUGAAAAUAUUGUGAAAUAUUAUAAAUUGACAAUACAAGAUAAUGUUACAAACGA